AUGCUGCGCAUCACUCAGCUUUCGGGGGAAGAGCUGGCAACCAUUCCGCUUGCGGAGGUGGACAAUGUCAGAUCCUUGAAGCUGCGAUUGCACCAGCAGCAUGGCUUGCCAACACGCUUUAGGCAAAAGCUGGUGCACGAGGGGAGAACUCUGGACGAUGACGAGAAGCUGGACACCGCGAUGGAUCUGACGGUUCUUGUGCUUGCCUUCAUCGAAGCUCCAGUCCGUCCACCGCGAAUAGGUCUCAACGGCGAUCCGAUUGUAAACAUGUAUCCGAAAGAGAUCCUCACCGACGCCUCUGUCAACGGCGAUGUGGAGGAGGUGGAGGAGCUCCUCGCGCUCCCCUUGGAUCCGGAUGUUGUCGGCGUCAUCGGCCCGGCCUUGAUGCGGGCAUCGGAGUACGGCCGGAUUCAGACCGUGGAGAAGCUUUUGGAGGCGGAUCCUCAGUUGGACCUUCGUGGCGGAAGAGACGGUUGGACAGCCCUCACGCAUGCGGCUCACCGCGAACGUGUGGAGAUUUGCAGGUUAUUGCUGCAGGCUCGGGCUCAGGUCGACUUUCCCCGCGCCGACGGCUCCACAGCCCUGAUGCUGGCAGCUCAGCGGGGGUAUCUCGAGGUCGCCAAGGUUUUACUCGAGCAUAAUGCUCAAACGGAGCUGCGCGACAGCAAGGGACGCACGGCCUUGGAGAUAGCCAAUGAACAUCGCUACGUAGACAUGGAGAAGUUGCUUCUGGAGGCAGUGAAGCGCGAAGAAGCGGCUGCAGUUGCAAAGCGCUCUGUGUGA